AUGGCACAAGUACUCGAAGGAGCUCGGGUUGUGCCAGCUCAGCUCGACUUUCUUGCCAUCUACAACCCUACCCUUAGUAGCUCUGACGAAUCGCUAAAAGACCAAAUUGUCUUCUUCCACUCCAACCAAAAUCGAGGAAAGCGUGGCCAAGCAGAGGACGUAAAGCAGAAGCAGGCUUCGAUACAGUCAGAAGAUGAGGAGAAUGAGAAGUUACGGCAGGUAGGGCUUGCUCAGGGUAUGGUGAACUUUGCGAAAAACUUCUCAGAUUCAAACGUCGACACUAUCGAAACCGAAAAGUCACGUAUCGUCCUACACGAACUCGAGAGAGACUGGUGGGUUCUUGCUUGUAUAGACUUGACGCGACUCCCAGCUUCAAAGAAACCAGGCCAGGACGACAAUACAACCACUAAAUACGAGUACUCGGCUCGAGAAGUUGCACCUGCUCCUUUACUGAUAGCCCAGCUCGUCCAAGCCAACUCUCUAUUCCUCCUCCACAAUGCCUCAAGCCUUACAGAACUGCUAUCACGAAGUGGACGCGAUGCCUUGUGUAAUACACUAGAUCGCUUCUGGACCAAGUUUGCACGAGCCUGGGAUGUACUUCUUCAUGGCAAUCCUGCUUCCUCUAUUUACAGCGCGACCAAAAUUGCUGGUGGAGGUGAGCUUGGUAUAGGAGUAGGCGAGGAAGAAUGGGGCAGUGGUGAAAGAGAAGUGCUUGAAGGCUUUAUAGAUCGGACUGAAGGGCUACAGGAUCUGGUGGUAGGCCGCUAUGGUCUACCUCCAGCCACCGAUCGACCUGCGUCAGCCCACAAGAACAAUCUAGGCAUGUGGCUCGGCACUGGCAACGAUCCCGUCGCAGCUGACGGUGUGAUAUUCUCUGGUAAAGGCUUAUUGUCCCGCAGGUCGCUCUGCACCGUCUCGCAAUGGAUGGAGGCCAUAUUCAAAUAUGGUGAAGACGCCUAUGGUGUAAGCGAGAAUCCCAGCUCAAGACGAAGACCUAGGCGAAAGAGACCGAACGUUCAACGUUCAAGCUCUAGCGGCGACAGAACCACCGCUCAAGAAACACACUCAAGAACACCAAAAUCCACAACACGUACUACCAAUCUACGCAAACGAGCCCUUGAGAACAAUACCCCUCCUCCUGGUGUUCCUGCGCCGCUGGUCCGUCAAGUAGAGAAUUCGCUCGAGAACGCCCUUGCCAAAGCUUCUGCUGAUGCUUCCAGAGAUGUCCCUGAGGACAAAGAAUUGCAGAAUUCGACUGAAGCACCGACAACAACGGAGAACCAGCCAGCGCUGUUCGGGGCUGAGAACAUGGUGAAAUAUUUGACCCUGGGAUACGGCACGUCUUGGACAUUAAACCCUAAAGGUCGCAAAUCGAACAAAACAGCCAUCACACCAGCCGAGAACAGCAACAAGGAUCAACAGAAAAGCGCAAAUGUGACUACGACCAAAGACCAUUUGAAACAAAUUGAGCCUACUCCUGAGGUUACUGAGGAUGAGCAGCCUUUCAAGCAGAAAUUGGAACAGUCUAUAGGCAGAUUCGUUAUAGGUCUGGCUGGCGAUCUGGAGCAGGCAGAAUUCGAUAUUGACGAAGGUGAUGACGAUCAAGCAAACCAGGACUCGGAGCGGCCCGAGUGCAGAUUGUUCCUAAGAACGUUGACUGUCGAGAUGGCACAACCAAAGCAGCAAAGUCACGAAAAUUCGAUUCGUCCGAGAUUGUUCGAAUCUACAAAGAGUACAGACAGCAAUGCUACUAUUCAGGGAAAUCCAGAACCGAAGACUAGUGCGGCUGCAUCAGUAGAUGGGUCUCAACCUAACAUUACACACCAAAAGGCACAGGUUGCGGUCUAUGUCCACCAGCCAUUUAUAUUCGUCUUUUUGUUUCAACUACAUACACCUAAUCUGACCAUGCCAUCAUUUUACCGCAGCAUCCACAACCAGCUCGGUCCACUGCAAAGACCUCUUCUCAGAAGUACUGACCCUAGCAGGAUCACUGAGCGCAUAGCAGAGGGUCUGGGAGAGAAAAACACAGCAUCAAGAACAAGCGAUGCUUCACAGUCAACGAAUCCGAUCUAUGAUCUGAUCUACGAUCCGAAUCGUCUCAUCGUACGAACCUCAAUACCCAAUAUCCCUGUGCCUGGCAGCCUUGCUGCAGAAGGCCUUACAUCAAGCACGUCAAGCUUCUUGUCGGUGUCUGGCAGUUGGUACACACUCGGCAUCCCAAUUGGUACCUCUUCUGAAAAUACUGAACACUUAGCAGAUAGUCUUGUCAAAUCGGCAUGGUCACGCACAGAAGCAUUGAAUGCACAUACUCAGCUUCUUAACACGUACAUCGCUACACGCACUGGCCAAGAGAAAGAACACACUGUCAAGACUGCACGGGGUUGGUGGGUGAUAUGGACGAAGGUCGUUCCUCUCAGGACCAACAAGGAUAAGAGGACCAUUAUGAACGACGACGAUAGAUCUGAAACCACAUCGAGUCUGCGUACCUAUGUUGAUUCGCACAAAGAAGCAUUUCUUGUGCGAAAGGCAGCUGACCAUCGACCCACUUUGUCCGCUCAAUCUCGAAACCUAAGCUCUGGUCCAGGAAAAUGGCUGCUUAGAGAGCAGAAACGAGAUGUUAGUGGUGCUAGUACAGUAGGAGCUGCGAGUGCUAGAGGUGUUAGCGAAGGAGUUGGAGUUGACACCAAGAAGUGGAUCGAGGGUUUGUUGUCGUUAACACAGUAA